UUUACCUCCUAUCUCCUGCAGCCCCCUGGGAAGGAAUUAUGAUACCACCCGCUUUCGCCAACUUUUAUGUCCAGACCCCUCCUGUGAGGUGUGUAAUAAUGCAACUGCUGAAAUCAAUCAGCUUUUCUCAAAGGCGUUGGAAGAUUCUACUCCAUCUGUGUCCCCUGUGGCUUCCACAGCUCCUGUGACAGCUCCUUUGACUGAGCCAUCAUUCAAUCAGUCAUCUGCUUUCCCAGGAGUCCCUACAGGAGAACUCAUACCAACUCCUCUGCCUGAGCCUUCCCCACCAGCCCGCUCAGUUCUCCCCUUAAACUCAAUGACCACCUUGGGUAAUUUUCUCUCACCAUCACCACCUGGUCAAACUCUGCCUCCAGAGCCAAUGUACCAUUCCUCACCCCAACCCAAAGACUUGUUCUCUUCGACCUUGACACAAUGCGAUUUCCAUGAAGGGUUUCUUGCCCUGCAUUCUACAAAGAUCUCUUUUGGGGAAGACCCUGCAGCCAAAUUUAUAGAUCCUAGACACCUCUUAUUUCUCAGCCCUGAUGAGCAGGACUCAGCCCAGCAGUACUUAUAUCCUAAGAUUUGGGAGGACCAUUUAAAGCAAAAACUUGCCCAGCUUUUCUGGGGUCUUCCAUCUCUGCACAGCGAGUCCCUGUCCUCUGCUGUCCAUGUUUCCGGUGACUAUUCAAUCUUCUUCAAUAGCAUCUCAAAUACUUUCACAGGCCAAAAAUCCCCAGGACUUCCUUAUUUCCAACCUUCAUCCUUGCCUGCGGUCCAACCUCAACCCUUGCCUGAGGUCCAAACUCAAACCUUGCCUCAGUCCCAUCACUUACAUCUCACUCAGAUCCAACCCCAGGCCCACCUUCAAUCCCCACUCCCAAUCCUACCAUCCAGUCCCAUUACCCAGAAUAAGGUCUGUGAAGUGUAUUUCCACAGACCCAAGAAUGAAUCAGAAUGUCUCACCUCAUCUGAAACUGAACACCUGGAAUGCAAUUUGUUGCAUAAGGAACAGGAAAGUUUGUGGGGUUUAACCUCUGUGGUUCAAAGUUCUAAGGCCCAUGUUGCAGUCUCCAUCGAUCCUGUAGAGUUUCCUCUCAGCAGUGAAUUUCGAGAGAAAUUUGAGCAUCACCUUAGAAAGAGGCUCAUCCAACAAUACAAGAACCAGCCCUGCAGGACCCAUGGGUCUCUGUCACUGAUGAAGCCUCUGAGCAAUUGCUCAGGCAUACCUGAGUCAAAGGGCAGUUCUGGCCUCUCCUGGGUCUCUGUGGAUAAGGACCAGAGUAGUGAAAAUCCAAAUGUUGGAUUGAGCCAACCAGGAAGCUCCUAUGAGAGGAGCUCAGAAAGGUUUCAACUAGAGGAGAAUAAAAAGAAGGAUGAGGGACACAGCCAAGAGAAUGAUCCAAAAGUUCAUCUGAUGAAUGAUUCAAAGACCUCUUCAGGUAAGGAUGUGGAAAGUGGCUCUGACAUGAGUCUGUCAAGAGAAAAUUCAAUGGUUUUAGGGCAUAGUGUAACUCAGAGACAACUGGAAAAUGUCCAGAAAGAACAUGUGAGCAAAAAAGUUGAGAAAAUCAGUGAGAGCCAGCUGCCUGGGACUGUGCACAGUUCACAGCAUUCUAUCGAUCAGAUUUCUUCUAUAAAAUCCCACCCCAAAUUAGAGCAAAGAAGUUUGCCAUCAUCGGUGGGUGGGGACUACCGCCUGGACACAUCCCAGGAGCUUCCCUUGCUUGAGUGUGCUGCACAGCAGAUGCAGAAAUCCCACAUUCCCAAGUUUCAGAUGAGGAUGUCAGGCCUUCCCACCAAAGUCCUUGAAUCCAAAGAGCGCUUCAAAUCGAAAGAUACUUCAUCCUAUUCUUCGAUCAAUCCCAACUCUUCUUCCUCAACCAAACUGAUUUCUGAGGCUAACACCAAAUCUGGGGCUUUUAUGCCCCUGAGAGAAAGCUCUGAAUCCCUUCUUGGGGACAAAGUGGGAACAGAAAAUGCAGCUGACCACCUGAAUUUUCCUCUCCCUGCCACCUCACUUGUGAGCAAGAAAGAACAUAAACCCGCUGAUAUCCAACACAUACUCUCAGAGGAAAUCCAGAAAAUUUUGAAGGCCAAACUGCCUGUUGCAAACACCAUCAGUGGCAAAAGAAGUCAAAGACAUUCUCUGAUAGCCAACAUUCAGCCCCCAAAGAUGCCUACAAGGCGAGCAGGGACCGGACAGGAGACAGAGAAUAACAGUGUGAAUUCUAAUGACAGAGCAGAAAUACGACAAGGUGAAAACAGGGAGAAAUCAGAACCUGCUUUCAUAUCGACAGUGUCCAGGGAGACAGUCAGGGCUGAGGGGCUCAAUGCUCUUCAACACAAAACUAGUGGUGUCUUGACAACCAGCAAGACAGGAAUCUCCCAAAGAAUAAACAGAGAAACCACUGUGACCACUGAAAACCCACCAUCUAAUUUAACAGUUCAAGCUCCUGACUUACCAGAACUUAAAACGCAAGUAGUGGCUGAGUUGAAGUUAGAGAAGAAGUAUAGUCAGGCCCAAGGCCAAACCACGGACAUGUCCCAUGACUCAGAUAGCUUGACUUACAGAGCCUCCUUGACUCCUGCUAAGCGUGUGUCCAGUGUGGUCAUGGAAGUUCCCCAGGUGCUGCAUGUCCAUUCGGAGGACAGCAGAGUCAGGAUGGAGAAGCAGCAGGAACCAUGGCUUCCUAAGCACAUGUUAAGGUCCUGCCAGGAUCAGAAUGUCCCACCAGCUGUAAAGACAGAUAUCGUGCGCCCUCCCCCAAAGCCUACAGACCCCAGAUAUGAAGAGCUGGGUGGAGGAGACGCACAACUGAGAAUUUUCCAACCUGGAGGGAAGAGAUUUCCUCCUCAGGACAAAGAUUUAGAGGAGAUGUUUGGGAGCAAGUCUCCCCAGACCCUAUCUCGGAAGGGACAGGCUCUACCCAAUAGCCUUUUCAUAAAGAAAAUGAAGAGCUUUUUUAAACGGCUUCAUCCUAGAAUAAACUACAGAAUACAUGAAAUCCCCCAGGAAAAGGGAAGCCCCCUAUCAUCUGCACAGAGCGGAGGCCCAGUUAAAAGCAGAGCUGCCUUUACUGGGACAGCACAAGCCCACAGAGUCAUGUCAGACAUUGGGAAGUUCCCAGAAGAGAAACUGGGGCGUCAGCAUGCAGGAGUUACCACCUGCCCUCAAGAGCCCCUUCCCUCUGCAGCGCAGUCUGGGAAACCUGUGCAGAAGGGAGCAGUGCAGGCCCAGGCAGAGCCAGGCCAAAGGCGUCAUUUCCACCGCAGAACUCCCUCAUAUGAAGUGACAAAUGCCAUGUCCGGCUGCCAUGGAGCUAUCUUGGCUGCCCAGGACUCUACCUGUAGUAGACAUACCAGAAAUGAGGACAAACACCCUCAAAACGUUGUGACAUUAAAGCCCCAGCAAAUAUGUCAGAAGCACCCUCAAUCUGUGCCCCUCAGGGGGACUGUGCCCAAUCCAAGCCCCACCUGCAGGCCUCAAGCUGCCAAGGGGCCUCCUGCUGUUCUCACCACUCCUGGAGGCACUGCCUUCAGAGAUCAGCCUCCACGAUUUAGACACACAAUGCUUCUCCAGAAUUUCCAGGGGGAAUCAUUUCCCGCCCCCAAAUAAUUCCUUCCUCGAGGGGAAUAUUGACUUGCCUAAUAAAUGUUUCUA